UUGCAUUUCACAGGUCAGGGCGCAAAGAGAGGAAAUACUUUUUUUUAUUACUAUCUUUUUAUUACUAUCAUUAUUUUUAUUUGAAAUGCAACUGUAAUCAAUGACUGAAACAUAGAAAAAACUGGGAAAUAUUGGCCCGUUUUGAGAUAUUUUUUAUUUAUUUAUUUUUUUUAUGAUAGUCAUUCUUUGUUUUGUAUCUUUCACAAUUCUUGUCAUCUGUGUCAACUUCUAAAAAUGUGUAGCCUGGUUUUGCUAGAAAGACAAGGCCUCUGCGUUCUCCUUAUUUUAUCAUUCUGCUACGUUGGAGGAAAAUCUGAGAUUAAAAAAUCUGAACCUUCAGCAUCCACCAGCCUGCCAGGCAUCAAACCUUUCCAUGAUGAAAUUGAUCAACCCCAGGCUUUCCCCGAUGAGGAGAGGGCCAGUCUUCCUGUAUUUACAAUGGACUAUCCUCGUAUUCAAGUCCCCUUUGAAUUCACGCUGUGGGUAUUGCUGGCCUCAUUUGCCAAAAUUGGAUUCCAUAUUUACAAAAAAAUCACGAUCUGGAUCCCAGAGUCCUGCUUGCUGAUUUCCAUCGGCCUCAUUGUUGGCGCCAUCAUGCACUCCGUCAAAGAGGAACCACCAGCUGUGCUCACGUCCAACGUCUUUUUCCUCUACAUGUUGCCGCUUAUUGUCUUGGAAAGUGGCUAUUUUAUGCCCACAAGGCCCUUUUUCGAGAAUGUUGGCACAGUGCUUUGGUAUGCAGUUGUAGGAACUCUGUGGAACAGCAUUGGAAUUGGCCUCUCACUCUUUGCCAUUUGUCAGUUGGAGGUUUUUGGAGUUCAAGAUAUAAACUUGCAGGAAAAUUUGUUAUUCGCAUCCAUCAUCUCUGCUGUGGACCCUGUGGCUGUGCUUAAUGUGUUUGAUGACAUUGACGUUAAUGAGCAGACCCACAUUGUCAUAUUUGGAGAAGGACUCUUCAAUGAUGCUGUCACUGUGGUACUUUACAGCAUGUUUUCCUUUGUGGCAGAAAUGUCAGCCUUUGAAUUCACAGAUGUGUUUCUGGGGGUGGCCCGGUUCUUUUUAGUGGGGGCCGGUGGUGUCUUCUUCGGCCUGGUGUUUGGCUUUGUAGCGGCCUUCACUACACGUUUCACCCACAACGCACGACAAAUCGAACCCCUCUUUGUCUUCAUGUUCAGCUACUUGGCAUACCUGGUGGCCGAGCUGUUUGCCAUCUCAAGCAUUCUUGCGAUUGUAACAUGUGCAAUAACCAUGAAGUACUACGUUGAGGAGAAUGUGUCUCAGAGGUCAUGCACGACUAUUCGUCAUGUGGUCAAGAUGUUGGCCACUAUCUCUGAAACCCUCAUCUUUUUCUUCCUGGGGGUUGUGACCAUUACAAGCGAACAUGAGUGGAACUGGGCCUACAUCUUGUUCACGCUCUUGUUUGCUCUCCUCUGGAGAGGAAUCGGCAUCUUGGUUCUGUCCCAGAUUGUCAACCCAUUCCGGACUAUCCAUUUCACCUUCAAGGACCAGUUUGGUCUGGCCUACGGAGGCGUUCGAGGCGCCAUCUGCUUCGCUUUGGCCUUUACUCUACCUGAGACGAUUAACAGGAAGAAUUUGUUUGUCACUGCUUCCAUCGCCAUAAUUAUAUUCACAGUGUUUAUACAGGUAUGGGCUGUUGUUAUGUUUGGCUUUUUGAAUGAAUUACUAAAUGUUAAUAAUGCGUAUAUUGGGCAAUGGCAGGGGAUCAGUAUUCGUCCCAUUAUAGAAUAUAUUAAUAUCAGGAGGACCAACAAAGACUUGGGCACCAUCAAUGUAGAAAUACAUAACAGGGUAAUGGAGCACAUUGUUUGCGGCAUUGAGGACUUGUGUGGGCAAUGGAGUCACUAUUAUUGGAAAGACAAGUUUAAGAAGUUUAAUGAUCGUAUUUUGAGACGCAUCCUCCUUCGAGACAACAGGGCCGAAUCCAGUAUUGUGUCUCUGUACAAGAAACUUGAGCUGCAGACAGCCAUUGAUUUGCUGGACACAUCCGUGGGCGACCUGAGUGCAGCACCAUCCAUCGUGUCUCUUCAUGAUGAAAGGAAGGAUUCGUCUAAACCAAAAAAGAAUUACAUGGCCGCUGAUGUUAGGAAGAUGCAUGCCAUUCUGUCUAAGAAUAUGUACAAAAUAAGGGAAAGGACGAUGGCUUACACCAACAAAUUCAGCCAACCUGAAAAUAGCCGAGCCAGGGAGAUUCUGCUUCGUCGGCACGCGAGUCUCCGACGCAGCCUCCGAACUGCAAGUGUUCGUGAGAUGUCUGCUGAGAAUUUAUCCAAAUCCCAGAAAUACUACUCACUGCAGCCCGGAGGGGAUCCGGAGAUUGCUUUUGCUCUGAGAAGGCGGACUCCAGUUGGAAGUUACCGGCCACAGUCCUCAUCCCGUGCCGUAAUUCCAAUGAGAAGGCUGAACACUGUCAAGGAGUCCACCCGUGCACUAGGACAGCCUGGUUCGUCUCCUGAGGUGGAUGUUCUGGAUGAGAGACAUCCCAGGGGUCCAGUUGCAGCCCCACGGAAGCACAACUUUAAGAUGGACCGGCCCUCAGGAGAGAAAGAAAAAAUUGUUGCCCCCCUCCCCUUACCGACGCCACCUGGCUGGGUUGCUGAAAACCAGAACAUCAGGGACUACGAGACAGAAGAUCCAUUACUUGGACCAUUGACACGGGGAUCUCAAAGCACAAGGAGAACAUGAAAGGCCAAACUUGGUUGACCUACAACUGGAAACCACUGGCAAGUUUCAAAGAGUAAAUACGAGUUGAUAAUGUAAGAUGGAAGCAAAGCACUCCUAUUUAUUACUGUAUACCAAAUGCAUGUUUCAACUCAAGUCAACAUACCUGCUUUACGUCAGUAUGCCACUAGAUGGUGCCAAAGUAACACUAUAAUUGAAAUGCAAUACUGGAUUCACAAAUUCCAAACCAAGAAUGAGGAUGUUUGGUUGCCGUACAACAUCCAGUCUCACUAGAAUGGAACCGAAUGAGCACAGCCCUCCUCCGAUAAUGCUGUCCUUGGUGACAUUAUUCCAUUUCAGUUCUGUCAGUAAUGUAUCACCACAUACAAGCAAACACUCGAACAAAAAAUGUGUUUUGUCAGAGGCUGAACAAAGAUUUUUGAAUACAGCUCAGAUUCUUUUUUUUUUUUGGUCAAGGCUGGUUAUUUUCCAUAGGCUUAUAGUUCCCUGCUUUGAGUCCUGACACUCUUGUUUCAAAUGUGUCAGAUGGGACUACCUUCUCCAAGAGACCCUCCAGACCAAAUCUAUGUGACUACAGAUUUAUUGCAGUGUGAUGUACAUGCCAUUUUCACUAUCUACUGAGUCAUUGUCUCAUUUAUCACCAUUGCAAGCAGUCUGAAACAGCAAAAAGUGAAAAUGAUUUCCUCAGUCCACAUUGUUAUCUGGAUCUAUGCAAAAAGUGUGAUGAGUUUUAACUGGGUUAUGUUGUCACACCUGUACAAUUAUGAUAUUUUAUGGAAAAAAGAUAUGUAAUUAUAAUCCAGUACAAUCUCUUUCCAGACUUUUUCAACAUUUGGGUCACUUGUGCGGUAAUAAUUGCCCUCAUCACCAAUUUCACAGUUUCACACAAAAUUUAGUAGCGACAGAAUGUGGGUGGACUGUCAGAAAUGUUGCUUGUUUAUUGCUGAUCCAGAUGGUCCAAUAUCCUUAAAAUUUUGGAUAUUGGGAUCAGUUAGAUAUGGGUUCUUUUACCCGAGGCUUCUGUUGUUUUUUCAGGGUUUACUCCGACAUCCCAUCCACUUAUGUUUUUCCUUGUCAAGUUUGCCUGGAUCUGGAACCAAUCAGAGCUUAAAUUAGACUACAAUGUCACUAAUGUAGAGGUGUCAAGCGGUGUACACUGUUUUAAAUUUUUAAAAAUCCUUUUCAAUUUAUUUUGAGUGUGUUAUUAUUAAAAAAAAAAAAAAAAAAAAAAAACACAAUCAUUAUAAACCUUUACCCUAACCCUGAAUUGUAACUUUUUAGGUACUUGUAAUUGAAAGAAUCUGUAUAACGUUUCAGAAGGAGGAUAAUCUCUCUCUCUCUCUCUCUGUCUCUCUCUCUCUCUCUCUCUCUCUGUCUCUCUCUCUUUAAAAAUGUACAAUAUUGUGAAGAAUUGCUCAAUAAUUUUAUUUCAAACGAAGUACAGUGGGUAACGAAGUACUGCCAAUGGGUUUUCCCAUUGUGAGUGUAUCAAAUACUUGUUCUCCCCACUGUAUAUUACCAUUAAUUGUAUAUUAUUAUAAUUAAGUGUAUUAUAUUAUAAUACUUUUUACCAAGUCUAUGUCAAAUACUUAAAGUUAUAUAUACUUUAAAGUGUAGACUUUAUGGAUGCGCUGUAAUCACGUGUGUAUAAUCGUUCGAGAUAGAAAGGGUAAGUGAGAAAAAGAGAAAUUUUAUUUAAUGGAAACUUUUGGGGGGGUGGCUUUUAGGUCAAUAUAUUUUUUGUUCAAAUAUAUCAAUAACAAUGGCAGUGAUAGAAACAACAGAAGAAAUUACAAAAUCCACAGAUGAGAAACAAUAUAUAUAUAUAGGAAUAUUUAGUGACUUAAAAAAGCAUUUCAUACCAUUAGUCAUCAUUUAUUGAUCAGCAAAUUAGAUAAAUAUGGCACUAGAGCAGUGGUUCUUCACCUGGGUUCGAUCGAACCCCAGCGGUUUGGUGAGUAAGUCUAAAGGGUUUGACGCAGGUUAAAACACACAGAGCCCUAUUUUCUUAUACCAACUAAAGGCAAAGUGUUGUUUUAGACCAAGUUUUGGACUGGUUUGCCCCCAAUUUUCUAAGCUUACGGUAAUUCCAUUUCUUUCAACUGCUAGCUCUCUAUCUAAUGGGAGGAGAAAGUAGUUUGCUCAGUGGAAGUUUGACCUGUACUUGGUACGAGGAAGUAUAAGAAAAAGGAAACAUUUGCGCAAAGACUUCAUAAUUAUAUUGACGGGACAGAUUCCCCAGACACUGCAGCGCGCCUUUUCGUAGGGGGCAGUCCCACACUCCGCUUCAGUUAUUCGCAGUCGGUCUUAGUUCUUCUCAUACACUUGCAGUGAUCCAACGCCGGAUUUAGGUUGAAAAAGUACGAAAACUACCGCAUACAAACAGGAAGGAUUGUCUCAGGAGUGAUUUGUUCCAGGAUUCAAGGUAAUUAUUAUAUUUUUAGUACAAUGCAUGCAUUUUGGAACGUUGUGAAAAAAAUCAAUGGGAGAAAUUAACCGCUACAGCAUUGGCGUUAUACUUCGUAAUAUUUACGUAAAAUAAAUGCUAACUGCCCGUUUUUCUGCUUUUAACCAAGAAUCGAAACUGUUUUUACGUCCAUAUGUAUAAACAACUCAGGGAUUUAAGCAUAUAUUCACAUGAAUUUCAACGUGUAAAGCUCUUUGUGGUGAUAAGGCGCCGCCGCAUUUGCUUAAAGACUAGCAGCACAUUCGACAUACUUACAUAAAAUAUAUGCUAACUGCCCAUUUAUCUUUUUUUUUUUUUUUUUGCUUUUAACCAAGAAUCAAGACUGUUUUACGUCCAUAUCUAUAAAGAAUUCAGGGAUUUAUGCAUUUAUUCACAAGACUUUUCAUGUAAAAAGCUCUUUGUGUUUCCACACGGUCAGCUUUGAAGGACAUUAGCCCCCUAUGAAUCGGCCCCGCGUCCCAUGUCCCGUCAAUACAUUAUGAAGUCUAUGAUUUGCGUCACGUUUUACACUAAAAAAAUAGUAAGCGAUGCAAGGAUGCAACACUAAAAUGAGGAUGUAGACAUGAUACAAAAUUUAAUUUUCCAGUGUGAAAAUCAACAGCAAAAGGCACAAUUAUUAGUAAUAUAUUUAAAAUUUGAAGUAAUUUGAAUGGGGAUUCACUCAGAUAUAAGCUUGCUAUAGCUUAGCUAUAUCACUUUUGAAUUUAAAAAAAUUUGCUUUUUUAUUUAAUUCCAAAGGGUUUGAUGACUGUACAUGUGAAAAGUGGGGUUCAAUACCCUUAGCAAGGUUAAGAACCACUGCAUUACGGGAAUCGUAAUAGAUUGGGUUAGGAACUAUUUAUCUAAGAGGAGACAAUUUGUUUAACUAGGGGAUUUUUGUUCUUCUCACCUGGAUAUUGUGUGUGUCGUCCCACAAGGGUCGGUGUUGGGGCCCAAAUUGUUUAUUUUGUAUAUUAAUGAUAUUUGCAAUGUCUGUAAGCUAUUGAAAAUGGUUCUUUUUGCCGAUGAGACAAAUAUUUUUUGUUCAGGAGAUAAUUUAAAGAAAUUAAAGGAAGCUUUUAUGAAUGAAAUGGGCAAAUUGGGAAAUUUUGGUUUGAUUACAAUAAAUUAUCUUUGAACUUAAUAAAAACAAAAUUAUUGUUUGGUAAUAAUAAAAGGAAUUCACAGGCAUUUAUUUCUAUUGAAGGAGUUGACAUUGAGAGAGUUUCU